GCGCAUGCGCGGUGUAGAUUUUCUGAAGUAGGCUGAAGUUCUGCGGGUCGCACAAUAACACAGUGAAGACCGGAUAAAAGUUCUCGGUUUUGUACAAAAUCAAUGCCUUUAGUUUGUAGGAAUGUCUCGCUGAAACACGACAUCCUUUUGACCGGCUCCGACCGACUGCCAGGAUUUGCACGAUACUGAGUGAUGAUUAGUUAUUGAAGAUCUAGGCAAAAGGUCAUUUUACAUGGAUCAAGGCUCUUCUUGAAGAUGAAUGGUUAUUAAGCGCCUUGCCUAAGGGAAGCUGAGAAGUUUCUGGAUGAGGCAGAGAUUUGCCAGCAGUAAUGGCAGAUGAUUUUCUCUACAGUGAAGCUUUGGAGCCUGAACAGAAUUCCCAACCUCCUUCUAACUCUCAAAACGAAGCUUCAUCCCAGGGUGCAAACCGGAUUCCUAAUAGUUCGGAUUCCUCGACUAACCCUCCUGAAUUCUCAAAUUUGCAGAGUGGACAUUGGCAGAGCCCUGAGUUGGAGGAUCUAGAUUCCUAUAACCCCAUCGAGCCCCCACCGCUGGACUGGAGGUCCGACUCCUCCAGCGAGGCCGGUUCGGCUGUAGAACUUGAAAGCUGUUCGGUGGGAGAUUUCGAGGCUUCUGGAUCUUUCAACAACGAGCUGAAUGAAGACACGGUCUCUGCUGUAAGUGAUAAUGGAGCUCAGGACUCCAGCGAAGCUUCUGACAAAACCGAAGGGGCUCAGAAAAUGCGCGAGAACACGCCUGAACUUCAACGGCGAGAAACAGAAGAGAAUUAUGUCGAGGACAAAGAAAGAAAAUUGAGGAAUCAAGAAAUGAAACAUGAUAAAAUUGAAGAAAAAAGUGUGAAACGUGAUAUUGACCACUCGCACAUUCAAAGUCUCCUCACUCAGCUCCAUCUUUUUCAUCCAUCAACAGCUAAUAUUGCCCACAGCACACCUGAUGAAUUAGCCAAUCACGGUGCUCCGCAUAAUUCAUACACUCCAGCGGAGGCCUCUACCGCCUCCUUCCAAGAGCUUGGGUCCAGGGUCCAGUCAGCAUGCGCAGAUGCAGACAGAAACGUUCCAGAGGCUUUGCUCUUUUCACACGAGUAUCAGAAAGAUCUGCUACAGCUGCUAGAGGAGCCUGAAGAACCAAGAAUCGCGCCGCUGUUUGUUCACACGCCUCUGGUGACCCCCGGACAUCAGCCGGGGCUCAGAAGGCAGAGCAGUGAUGCAGAUGAGAUGAUCUCCAUAUCCCACAGUGAGGACGCUUGGCACAGACACCUGCAGGAUGAGCUGCUGGUCUCAGGAAUCACUGAGGAAGAUCAGUGGACGGCGUCUGAAGGCCUGAGCGCGGAGCAGUCCAGCUCUCCAAACAACGAUCUGGAAGCUGAGACACAGCCGGCUUAUAAGAGUGUGCCUGGACCAUGUGAUCCCGAAGACCUCCUGGAUGGUGUGAUCUUUGGAGCUAAAUAUCUUGGAUCUACACAAUUACAGUCUGAGAAAAAUCCCUCCACCAACGCCCGGAUGGCUCAGGCACAGGAAGCCGUGGAUCGCAUUAAGGCACCUGAAGGAGAGUCUCAGCCUAUGACAGAGGUCGAUCUGUUCAUCUCCACGCAGAGAAUCAAAGUACUGAGUGCGGACACACAGGAGGCCAUGAUGGACCAUGCUUUGCAGAUGAUUUCAUACAUCGCAGACAUCGGGAACAUUGUAGUUCUGAUGGCCCGCAGGAAGCCAGCCAAUCGCAAAUCAGCAGACACGACGGCUAGCUCUGCAGCGCCGCAGAAAAAGUGCUGGAUGAUCUGCCACGUGUUUUCUUCAGAGGAUGCUCAGACCAUCGCACAGGCCAUCGGUCAGGCUUUUGGUGUUGCGUAUCAGCAGUUUCUAUACACUAAUGGCAUAAAAGCUAGUGAUUUGAGGCCAGGCGAGUACAGCGAUUACCUCGGCACUCAAGAACUUUACAACGGAGACCUGGUUCACUUUUCUCGCUCUGAAAAUAUCCGUGAGGUGUGCAUAUCAAAAAGGCCCGGAGAGAUAUUAGGAGUCGCGAUCGUUGAGUCUGGCUGGGGCUCCAUCUUGCCGACUGUGGUGGUGGCUAAUCUGCUGCACGGCGGCCCUGCAGAACGUUCUGGAGAGCUGAGCAUCGGCGAUCGCAUCAUGUCCGUUAAUGGCACCAGUCUGGUGGGCCUCCCCAUCGCCACCUGCCAAAGUAUCAUACGAGAUUUGAAGAACCUUUCGAUAAUAAAGCUCAGCAUCGUUCACUGUCCUCCUGUCACCAAUGCGAUCAUCAAGCGUCCAGACCCCAAGUAUCAGCUGGGCUUCAGCGUGGAAGAUGGGAUCAUCUGCAGUUUAAUGCGGGGUGGAAUAGCCGAGCGGGGCGGCAUUCGAGUUGGUCAUCGCAUCAUUGAGAUCAAUGGACAGAGUGUCGUAGCUACACCUCACGAGAAGAUCAUCCAAAUCCUGUCCAAUGCUGUAGGAGAGAUCCAUCUGAAGACUAUGCCGACGUCAACGUACCGACUCCUGACCGGCCUAGAUCAGCCCGUGUUCCUAUAGGAGACGGGUCCUCUCAGGUCCUCACGGUCACAUGCAAAUUUGCCGCUGAGUGUAGAAAAAAAACGCUUUCAUUUCAACUCUGCCUUUUAGCAAAUCUGUCAAAGCUGAGCAGUGUAAGAAUGUAUAGAGAUCAUGGACCUCCAUUUUAAAGCCGUUUUAGAGCUGCUUAUUUAACUGCUGGUUUGUAUGUGUACAUUUUUGUUUUUGCUCUUGCUGCUGAGCCGAGGUGCCUGAAGACAAGCCUUGCGUUUGAAUGACUAUGCAUUAGAAUCCACACUUAAAAUGAAUCUCGAAUCAUCUUGAGCCUUCCAUCUCAAGCUUCCAGCACUUCUGCAGUAUCGCAGUACGGAUUUGAUGUUCAGUGUUUUUAAAUGGUUUACAUGCUCUUUACGGAGCUCAAGAAUUAGUGCCUGUAAAAAAAAUAUUGGACCUAUGCCUGGGUUUGUUUUUAGCUGUAGAAAGAGGUAUAUUUUAAUAACUGCUGUAAUAGAUGUUUAUUAAAGAUAGUACUUAAAGACGGUU